AAACAGAACCGUAACUCUUCUGCACAUACUUUAAGAUUGACAACGGCGACGCGCCAAACAGGUUCUUUUCUUUCAUUUUUUGUCUAGCGGACCACUUUCUAAUGCGGUCAUCUGACAGUGGAGGACCGAAAGAAGAUUGAUGAUGCACCCGUUUUCUCCAUUUCUUCUGGCUGGUCCACUGCUAUCAUACUAUCGCGGAAGCUGGUGGCUAAUUUAAAGUCCGGUCAGUCGCGUUCGGACCUAUCGUGGGAGAAGACGUUGUUGUGGUUUAUUGUCGCAUUCAAGAUGGCACGUCUUUUCGGGUUGUGCAUUCUUCUCGGUGCUUGUGCGAUUGUGCGGGGAGAUCUGGGACUGAAUCUUACGAUCCCAGGGUUGGUGAGUGGCGUUUCUGGAGCAGUUGGUCAAGGCAUGAUAAAUCUCAUUAAGGCGAAUGGCACGAUAAAAGUGGAUGCCUGGAUGGAUACUUCCGGAGCGUUGGUUCCGCUGAUCAAGGUGGUCGACGAUGUUACCAGUCCUUUGAACAAAUUGCUCGGGGCUACUUUGGCUGGAAGCUCCAGCAAAAAGGCCAACAGCCAGGAACUGUUUGCAGGGCUUUCAACGCAUGUGGUGAAUACAAAGUCGGCCAUUGAUAAUGCAGUAAAAUCAACGGAAGAACUCCAAUCAACUGUGAAACCCACUCAAUACGAGGAUGUACGGGGUAAUGUAACUCUCAUCGAAUCGAGCAUUCCACAGCUUCAGGAAGCGUUCACCGUAUUGAGCACUACUGUGGCGGUUGUUGAGAUUUCCAAGGAACCAGUCACAGCCGAGAAUGUUACAAAUUUCUUCACGAAGUCCAUUCUAGACGACCUGAUCAACCCUCUGCUCAACAUCACCCAAGGAAUCAAUGGGCUGGCCAAAGUUGUAACAUCUAUCGCCAAAGACAAGACGGCAGCGAUGAAUACGAUCGCUUCCAUCAAUGGGACCAUCAACAAUGGGUUAAGAAGCCUCGCAACCACCACAUCCAACUUCAACAGGUCAGUCAAUGACGCCGGCACCUUCACCUCCAACAACGGCAAUAAUCUAUACGGAAGCAUCAAUCAAAUGUACACGCCCUACAUGAACCGACCGCAAAACUUCCGAGGUGGAGACGUUACCAGAGUUACCAACUACCUCGCAGAAGUGAAAUCCAACCUCGAACAAUUCAGCACCGACAUGUCCAACACUUUCGCCUACUUGCGGAACAACGUUACCAUCCUCCUGAACAGCCAAGUGGAUAGAAUUUCGAAAAUCCUCUUGGACACGGCCGUCUACAUGACCAACGGCGGAUACUCCAGUGAGAACGGUGAACGUUGCGCCAGCAAGUACUCAACCCAACUGACCCAGAAUCCGGUUCAGGUCAGCCGGUUGACCGGGUGUUUGCAGCCGGAAGUAAACGGGUUCAACGGAAUGUAUCAACUCUACCGGGUGCUGAUGGACCAAACUCGGACCUUGGGUGGAUCCGUUUCGGCUUCGGUUCUGGGCCGCCAGUGUACCCAAGGAACGACCGAUUGUGUGGCCACGUAUUUUGGAUAUCUGGACGACCUCUCCGACCAGGUGAAGGAGAAGUUGAACAUCAAUGUCCAAACCGUCGCGCGGGAAACGCUGACCAUGCAAAACCGUAUAGGAGCAUGUACGAUGGCCAUCACGGCCGAUAUUGCGGAUAAUGCUCGAACGGUGCAGACGAAGUUUGACAACUGUUUGGCUACCGGUGCGAGAAAGAACUAAUGAAGUAGCGCGUUUUAUUCAUCACUAUAAAUAAAUGAAACUAAAACCAAGAAAGACAAUUUCACUACAGU